UUUCGCGCCUGAGUGACGCUGCUGAGUUCACCCGUCAGUGUCGUCAACAAGCAGCAUGGCGGAGCCGACUGUCCGUAUGUCUGGGAUUGUUUUAGCGUCUCUCAUGUUCCAGCAUGUCAACAGCGAUUCCGACGUGGAGGGUCUGAUCCUCGGAGAGAGUAAAUUUGAGGAGCAGAUCACCAUCAGCGACUCUCAGGCCGAUCACAUUCACAUUGAGGAAAUCUACAACAUCCAGAAGCACAUCGCCUGCCACAAACUCAACCACUUCUACAACAGUGUGGGAGAGGUGAACAUGGACGCUGUGAAGAAACUCCUGGCCGACAACAAGCAGGAGAGUGUGAUCGGCUGGUACAGACAGCGCAGGAACUCAGACCAACAGAUGACCUUCAGGGAAAAGAUCGUCCACGAGAAGCUGAAGACGUCUCUGUCCAACCCUCACAUGAUCUUUGUGCUGCUGACGCCCAGCAGGGUGACGGCUGCAGGCUCCACCCACAGGAUGGAGUACGCCGCCUUCAUCUCACGCAGCAGGCACUUCAUGAACGUUCCCGUGUCGGUCAACAACCUGGGUUUACUGGAGCAGCUGGCGUACUGGAAGGUGUCUGCUCCGUGCUCUGCAGUGGGUUAUAACGUCACCAUGAAGAAACACAGCUCUAAAUUCUUCUCGUCCAACGGGCUGCUGAGGGAGGUGAACGACGUGAACACGAUGAACGACUCUCUGCAGACGGAGCUGCAGAAAGCGUGCAGGGAGGUGGAGGAGAGCGAACGUCUGGUGGAAACGCUGCAGGCUGAUGUUUCGGCUCUCAGGAGGAAACUGGGUGAGAAGAAGAAGCAGAGUGCAGCAGGUAAAGUUGCAGACAACUAUCGACCUGAACAGAAGAACAACCUGCGGCUCCACGACGCCGUCAGAGCUCUGUUCGCCGGCUCGCCUCUGUUCCACACUCAGACUGUGACCCUCGAGGCGUUUCCUGUUCCCAACAACUGCUGCAGCUCUGAGCAGGACGAAAAAGAAGAAGACGUCUCCACGACGACACUGAAACACUCGGACACAACAAACUCUCAGGAAACGCUCUCCCCGCCGCAGCCCGGCAGGACAAACUGUCGGAAGAGGCUGAGGGAAAUGGCGCCAGCGGGGAGGGAGAGCAAACGCAGGAAGAGCAAAUCUUGAUGGGAGAUGACAGUUCAUACUAAGUUAUGUGUUGAUGGGACCAGACUGUCGUCACAUCAGUUCGCUCUGGUUGUUGACUGAUCUUAACGUCACUAAAGGAACAACAGCAGCUCUGAUGAUAAACGGUUAGCUUCACAAACAUGUACAGACGCUUUGAUACGUUUUCAGUAUUGUUUAAAGAUGAUAAAGAUUUUUGUUAAAA